AUGUACAAACAAAUCAUAUUAUUUGUUGUUUUAGUAUCAGCCAUCUUUGGCCUUUCAAAAGCCACUUUGGCUGUUGAUAUCUCAAGUCAAACUAAUACCUCUUCAUUUGAUUGUCUAAAGUCAAACGGUUAUUCUUAUGUAAUCAUUCGUGGUUUAGAAACUGGUCAACCAGAUCCAAAUGGCCCUGAAUCCAUUGAAAAUGCUUGGGAUGGUGGUAUGACAAAGGUAGAUGUUUAUGCAGUUCCAUGUCCUUUAUGUGUAAGUAGUAGUGGUUAUGGUCAGAUAUUAAGAAUGAUACAGUCGAUCAAGGCUUACAAUGUCAAGUUUGGCACUAUCUGGCUCGUUGUCCAAGGUGCAGGCUACUGGUCAACCUACCGAGAUGAAAACCAAGCAUUCUUUAAAGAUAUGAUUAACGGUGCCAAUACUGAUGAUUACUCUGUCGGUGUCUACACCUCUGCCUCCCAAUGGCAACAAAUUAUGGGUAGUUGGAAUGGUGCUGCUUCAUACCCACUAUGGUAUUCAAACUAUGAUAGCAAUCCUUCAUUCUCUGACUUUAAACCAUUCGGUGGAUGGACUAGUCCAACCAUCAAACAAUACAACAGUGAUCAAAUGGUUUGUGAAUUGGCUGUUAAUCAAAACUACUAUUAA